UUUUCUUGUCUGCAAUUUUUCUUGUCUUAAGGAAAAGAGGCGUUCAAACGGAGUGGAGAUUCAUAUAGUCGACCCGACUAGCUUCGGAAUAAGGAUAUUUAUUGUUAUUGUUGUUGAUUAAGGGAUAAGAGGUGUUCAAACGGAAUGAAGAUUCAUAUCGCUGAUUCGACUAGCUUGAGAGCGAGGAUAGUUAUUGUUGUUAUUGCUGGCUUUAGGAAUAUGAAUUAAGAUUUGAGAGCUCAAAGGGACUGAGAAAAAGUGAGAGAGGACUCACAGAUUAAAUAAAGCUUGGUUGCCAAACUAACCACUGGUUUUAACAACAUUUCUUCUGUUAUUUAUAACAACAGAUAUGCUGCCAGUGGCCACAAACUGUGGGAUAGUUAAAUACACCACCAAUCAAACCAAGAAAUUUCAACAGGCUAUAUUUAUGGAUGACAAAAUUUGUUGUUUUGGUGGGGGAGAGGGGGCUGAGAUCUUGAGAAUGGAUCAAGGAAAUCGUGAUGCUCCCCCAGCCAUUCCUCAUGCUGAACAGGCUAUGGGGGAUCUGGAUCUGGCCUUGCGAUUGGGGCCGGCCGAGCCGACAGGGCUGGCUGUCCCGAUAGCAGACGGUCCACUACUUGCUUUGGACUUCAAAGAGUACAUCUGUUCUGCCUAAAUUUUCUUCCUCAGUUUACAUUUGAAAUAGUGAUCGCUUCAUUUUAAACUUCGAGGGGCACUUAUUCAUGAGAUUACAUACUUAAACUUCUCUUUGAUGAUUUCCAUCAGUCAUAUGAUAAUUUUAAAGGGUAGAAAUAUAUUCCAAAUUGAAUUUAGUAAUGUAAUUUGACAUGAAUGGGUUGCUCUAGUGGUAAGCACCUUCCAUUUCGUCGUUUUUUAUGAAGUUGCCCGUCAGCAUGCCUGCUUAUCCUCUGCAGAUAUUUUGGUCAUUUUAGUUAUAACUGUGCAGUAUUUUGUUAUUCUUUAGGCUUUAAUGCUUUUCUUGAGGAUUACAAAUGUCUAAUAUUCGCUCAGCAAAGGUAAUAAUUUCAUGAAAUGAAUAGUUGCUCAACAUUUUUAGUGCAUUUUUAUUUAUAUGAUAUAAGAGUAGUUUUUAAUUUUUAUAAACUAUAUAUCUUGCAAAUGGAUAUCAUGUUUCUGUUGAGGUUUUUGUUAUUUAAGAUGAAAUAGUCUUAAAAUGAGGGUGAAUGAAAAAUAGAGGGAAAAUGGAAUUUUU